AUGGAUAGCGGGAGGGGUACAUGGACAGAGUUGGUCUGGUGCCUUUCUUUUUAUCUUAGAGUCCUAUCUCGCAUUGAGCAAGACAUUGUGCCACCUAACACAAGUUCAGCGUUCAGUCUGCUUCUUCUGAAGUCAUCAGAGGAGAUUAAACACUUUAUACCUCAUGGCUACCCGCUGACUUCGGUUAACAGUGAUUUCAAGGCAACCUGCAAACUCCUGGCCCCACGUCAUGGAUAUACCUACUCGUUCAAUCUUCAAGACGUUGAGUUACUGGAUACUGCCAUUUGUUCCAGAAAAUACGAAGCGCCAAUUAAAGAAAAUCACUUGUGUAUAUCACAAAGGUUCUGUCUCCAAAAUGCUCUUGGAGGCAUACUUACAUGCACUAACUCAACCCUGGGCUUCCACUCCGAAGGUGCAGACUGUUUUCAAGGUCAAAUCGGCUGGCCCGUCCUUAUCUCUGUGGUAACAGAUGAUGUUCGAGAGUGGAUACUACAAAUAACUGGAAAGGAUCAUGGUGGCUGUGGUUAUGCCAACAACGGCCUCUUCCCAUGGUUCACUUACUUCAAUGUUAGCACACACAAAACGGAGUUUUGCCUUGGAACUUACGUGCAGAAUGACACAUUCCCUCUUAUCACCUCAGCCAGAUGUCUGCGUCAAUGUCUUCGGAUAAACCUAAAGCAAAACGGAUGCUCUUUGGAGAAAGUUUGGGAGGAUCAGGAUGAUGCUGAUCUCUGUGCAGCUAAGAACAUCACAAUCCGAGUUUCUAAUGCCGUGUCACCGUGGCGGAGGUGCUUGGUGGCACAUCUUGAAUCGUCGAAUCACAAGAAGGUGCUUUUCGACCGAGUUAAUUUGUCCAGCUUCACCGAAUGCAGACAUGAACGCUUUUAUCAUCCUCUGCUUGCCGAUCAAAGUCUUUGUAUUAGUGCCGUGGAAGGUGAGCUCAACUGCGCGGCUUGGGGCGAGGUCGGUUUGGUGCAGUGCCAACGCGCUACGGACAGCCUCUGGGAGUUCAUUGGUUUGACGCAGGCAUGUCCCCGGAACUCGACGCAGAAGUGGAUAUUACGGCUACUUGAGCUUUGA